GCCGGAGGCGGUGCGCCCGAAGGCGGAAGCGGAGCAUGGCGGCCGGUGCGGGCGCGCUGCUAGCGGCCGCGGCGCUGCUGCUGGCGGUGGUCGGGCCGCGCCCGGCUCCCGCCGAGCUCACGGAUGGCAACAGCGAGCACCUGAAGCGGGAGCACUCGCUGAUGAAGCCGUAUCAGGGCGCGGGCUCCGCCGCGAUGCCGCUGUGGGACUUCCAGGGCAGCACCAUGGUCACCAGCCAGUACGUCCGUCUGACGCCCGACGAGCGCAGCCGGGAGGGCUCCAUCUGGAACCGUGUGCCCUGCUUCCUCAAGGACUGGGAGCUCCACGUCCACUUCAAGAUCCAUGGAGCCGGCAAGAAGAACCUGCACGGGGAUGGCCUGGCGCUGUGGUACACGCAGGAGCGCCUGGUGCCAGGUCCUGUCUUUGGCAGCAAGGACAACUUUCACGGACUGGCUAUUUUCCUUGAUACGUAUCCCAAUGAUGAAGCAACUGAGCGUGUGUUCCCCUACAUAUCUGCCAUGGUGAACAACGGCUCCCUGACGUACGACCACAGCAAGGACGGGCGCUGGACGGAGCUGGCGGGGUGCACUGCUGACCUGCGGAACCAGAAUCACGACACCUUCCUGGCCAUCCGGUACUCCCGCGGUCGCCUGACGGUGAUGACUGAUGUGGAAGACAAGAACGAAUGGAAGAACUGCAUUGACAUUGCAGGGGUGCAGCUGCCAACCGGCUACUUCUUUGGUGCUUCUGCUGGCACUGGAGAUUUGUCUGACAAUCAUGACAUUAUCUCAAUGAAGCUAUUCCAGCUCAUGGUGGAGCACCCCAUAGAAGAUGAGACCGUUGACUGGACCAAGAUAGAGCCUAGUGUCAGCCUCCUUAAAUCACCCAAAGACAACGUGGAUGACCCAACGGGGAACUUCCGAAGCGGGCCUCUGACAGGCUGGAAGGUGUUCCUGCUCCUGCUCUGUGCGCUGCUGGGCAUCAUCAUCUGCGCUGUGGUGGGAGCUGUGGUCUUCCAGAAACGCCAGGAGCGGAAUAAGCGUUUCUACUAGCAGCAGAGCUGGGCUGUGACCUGCACCCAGACCCAUCUUUUCUAUGAGGAGCUGUAAAUCUGUGGUUUCUAGAAGCUGUUUCUGAGAUACAUCAGAAGUAUUUUUUAUCUGUCUGUUUGGCUGUAACCCCUGCCUGGCACUUGGCAGUAGCUGGGUUGGACCGAGGGGGACGAUGCCCGCUGGGACCCUGGGGCUGUUCUGCGGGAGCCUGGAUGUCGCUCCCCGUUUUUCCAGCACUCCUCCUGCCCGAUGAGAUCUCCUGGAUGGGACCUGCCGUGCUGGGUGUGAAUGUGAGGGCUGUGGGAGGGGGCUGCGAGAGGGGCAUUAAAGGAGUGACACCA